AUGAAGGCCUGCAGAGGGCUGGGGAAAGGUGGCGCUCCCGCUGCUUCCCCGAGCCUUCUCGGGGAGCCUGCAGGCUCCCACAGCCCCGCGAGCCCAGCCCGGACCCUGGGGCCGCGCUCAGUGGCCAAGCCCCACGCCGCUUUGCCCUGGGCCCCGCUGUGGGACCCGUGGGUGGGGGCCGCGGGUGGCCUCGGCGUCGCCUCUCCCAACAAACGGAAGCUCUCUGAGGCCAGGAGCGGAGGCUACCCCAAUCAUCUUCCCUUUACCGAUUGGCUCAGGCCUGCCGUCAAUCCCGAGAAGUCCCGCCUAUCAGACCUCUCCGCCCUCCGCCGUCCGUCCUUCUCCUCAGCGCGGCCGCCGAUUGACCAACGCUGGCUGUCAGUCCGGCCGUGCGCGGCGCGGGGAGGCGGGAGGCGUGAAGCGCGAGGAGGAGCGCGGAGGGGGGCGGAGGGGGAGGGACGGGCGCUUCCGUGGCUCUGGCUGAGAGGAGCCGGCGGCGCGGCGGCAGCGGCGGCAGCAGCGACGGCGGCGGGGACUAGGGCCGUACGACCCGGGGCCAUUUGGUCCUUCAUCUCCGAGUCGACCCGUGCCCCGUGCCCCGCGCCCGCCGCUGCUCCUGCUCUGGGGACCGCCCGCCCCCGCCCUUACCCCCGCCUCGGACACUCGGGAGGUGCCGAGAGGAAGAGCCGGACCGGGGCCAGAGACGACUCCGCCGAGGUUGCCCACACAAAAGCCAAAGUGGAUUUCUCCAGUGUGGUGUGCCUGCCCCCUUCCGUCGUUGCUGUCAAUGGGCUGGACGGAGGAGGGGCUGGCGACAACGAUGACGAGCCAGUCCUGGUGGCCUUGGCUGCGGCACCAAGCCCCCAGAGCGAGGCUGUUGCCAACGAGUUUCAGGAACUUUCCCUGCAGCCUGAGCUGACCCUAAGCCUCCAUCCUGGCAGGAAUCCCAACCUGCCUCCACUCAGCGAGCGGAAGAAUGGUGAGUAGAAAGAUGGGUCGGCGAUCUUGCUGGAAUUGGCUCAGUUGAGCCUUCCUGUUACAGGAGCACGGAUUUGGAGACGGGAGGGAUUUAGAGGUCCUAGGAGCCGACAGUUGACAUGCGAGGACCUUAGCUGACUCCUUAGGGUCAUAGGAUUUGGAGGCAGAAGGGAUUUUGCCUUUGAGCCGGGGGCCUGAACCCUUUUUGUGGGUCAUGGAUCCCCAUGACUGUGUGGUGACACCUAGGAAUAUUCGUUCUCAGUAUAAAUAUUUUUUUAAAAAAUUCUUAAUUGAAGGGAAUGUUGAAUUUCAGUUAGAAGUUAUUGAAAAAAAAAUAUUUUCCCUCAUGGACCUCUUGAAAUCUGUCUGUGGACCUCAUAGUGGUCUGAGGACCCUGGAUGAAGAAUCUUUGACUUAGUGAGUAGAGGAUUAUUGGGAUUAAAAAAAGUGGGCUUAAGGAGGCUGUUUGUUUUUAGCCCCACAUCUGUUUCCAGAUGUAGCCCCUCUGCAAUGAGCCUUUGCUUGUGGCAAAGGUGAAAGAAAAGCAGCAGAUCAUCAGCUGUAUUCAGUAGCCCUGGGCACCUGUAGACCUCCAUCUCCCUCCUUCCAAGAGGAAGCUAGCUUCCUUUCUCAUCUCUUCUUGGCCAUUAUGGUCCCCUAGCAUUCCCAUGCCCCUCUUGUCCUUCCUUCUCUUUGCCACAGCCGUGUGUAGAGGUCGUUUUCCUGGUGCUACACCCUUCGAUCUGCAGCCCGCCUUACUCUUCAGAAUUCGGAUCUUCUUGAACACUGCCACACUAUUCUCUUUUGUUCCUGUCCCCCAGCUGCUUUGGGUAGUUCCCAGUUGCUGAGCAUCGACUUCAUUUUUAAAUUAUAUGGAAGUGUCCCUAUGCAGACCAGAGGAGUAAGUGUACAUGCAAUCUUUUCCCUCCAGCUUGACGCUGGAAAAAGGAUAUGUUAGACUGAAUGUGAGAGUUCUAGCCCGACGUCCCUUUUCCUCGUUCUUACCGUGUCUGUUGUUUAAUCAUCACAAAAAGGGUCGCUUUGACUCUCUUGUUCCUUCCUUUGGCCUCCUUGGCUGAUAUCCCUAGCCUUAAAAUGCUUAGACCCGGACUUGGCCGAGGUGGCAUCAUUUCACAGCCCCUAGAGCCGCUGUCACGUCACUUACUCUCAUCUCUGGUUGCCACUUUGCUGGGCGUGAGGUAUAACCUCAGCUGCUUCAGUGUGUACUUCUGCUUUUCUUGUUGGUUUGGAGCUGUCUUUUCACACAGUUAAGAGCUGUUCGUUCCUUAGCCUCAGAGCUGUCCAGUGGAGGUGUGUAUGUGUGUAUUAGUGCCCCGUAUAUCUUACAUAUCGGGCUCUUUCAGAGAUAGUUGAUGCAGAGAUUCCCCAUCGCCCCACCCCCGUCAGUAAUUUCCCUGUUGAAAAAACAUCAUUGCUUCUGUUUUACAUGGUUGGCAUGAAAACUCUUCCCUUUUGUGGCAUGAAAUCACCCGAUUUCAUCUUUGGUGAUCUUACCUUCCCUUACAGCAUUUAGAGACUUGGGCGGCCCCGGCGCGUGUUCUCCGCAUAUCCAGAGAGCUAGAAAGGAUGUUGGAGGUUUUCAGAUCCUCAGGACUCCGCUGGACUCUCCCCACUCCAAGCCCCUUAGUUUCACAGAUGAGGAAGAUGAUGAGUGAAAUGAUGGGCUUGGGAUUAAGCAGUCAGUGCGCAGGUCCUGUGGAUCAAAUUCAGGGCACGUGUAGUAAAGGUUCUCACACCAUUUCAUAAUGUGCGACGAUCUCAGAAGGAAGGAGACGCUGACUGUAAGUGAGAGGGCUUUUCGGUCAGAAGGUGACUGAAAAGAAGCAGAGAUGACGAGGAGGAUUCUCGGUCUAGAGGACGGCCAAAGAACGUAUUUAAGAAUUGAGAGAUGGAGCGUAGUGGUCAGGGAACAGCAAAGAAUCCAGGGUCACUGGAUCACAGAGAGCAUGGAAGGUGCACCAGAAAAGUAAGACAGGCUCAGGGUAUGAAGGACUUAAGAGCCAGCACGGCAAUUUCAUGUUUGAUCUCAUAGGUCACGGGGAGCCACUGACGUUUACUAAGGGAGUAACGUGGACCGGCCUGCCCUUUGGGAAGCUCACGUUGGCAGCCGAGUAGAAGACGGACUGGAGUGGGGAGAAGUUUGUGCCGGGGGAGACCACCCAGAGGUUAUUUCAGUAGGUUAGGAGUGAGCGAGGUGGUAACAGACGGUCUCUGGGUGAUAGCAGUCUCAGAGAGGCUGGUGGCGUGGGGGAGAUGCUACAAAGGUAAAAUUGACAGGCCUUAGAAACAUGUUGCAUAGCUGGCUCAGAUUUCAAACUGUCUUACAAAGUGGAAACCGUGAAAACUAUGUGAUACUGGCCAAGAAAUGCAGUAGUGGACCAGUGGAAUGGAUUAGGUACGUAGCAUACACUAGUAAAUGAUCAUUGCAAUAUACUGUGUUUGAUAAACCCAAAGGUCCAAGCUUUGGGGACAAAGACUCACUAUUUGACAACAAUCACUGAGAAAACUAGAAAGCAAUUUGACAAAAACGUAGAGACCGAUAUCUCACCCCUUAUACCAAGAUAAGGUCAAAAUGGGUACCUGAUUUAGAUAUAAAGGGUGAUAUCAUAAACAAAUUAGGGGAGCAUGAAAAUUUUUAUCUGUCAGAUUUUUGGAUUAGAGAAGGAUUUAUAACCAAAUGAGAUAGAGAGGAUUCCAGGAAGUAAAAUGGAAAAUCGUGAAUUUAAAAGUUUUUGCACAAACAAAACGAAUGCAGCCAAGAUUAAAAGGAAAGCAGGAAACUGGAAAAAUAAUUUUUUUAAUAUCAGGUUUCUUUGAUAAAAGCCUCAUUUCUCAAAUAUAUAGAGAACAGAGUUAAAUUUAUUUAUGAGAAUACAAGUCAUUCCCCAAUUGACAAAUAGUUAAUUGAUGUCAAGGACAUCAACUAUAAUCAUCUGAAAAAAAAAAGCUCUUAAUCACUAUUGAUUAGAGAAAUGCACAUUAAAACAACUUGGUGGUAGCUCCUUAUACCUAUCAGACUAACUAAUAUGAUUGAAAAGGAAAAUGACAAAUAUUGGAGGGAGUGUGGAAAAGUGGAAAAAUUGAUGCACUAUUGGUAGAGUUGUGAAUUGAUCUAAUAAUUCUGGAGAGUAAUUUGGAAUUAUGCUCAGAGGACUAUAAAACUGUGUAUCCCCUUUGACUCAGCAAUACCACUACUAGGUCUGUAUCCCAAAGAGAUCUAAGAAGAAGAGAAAGGACCCAUAUACACAAAAAUAUUUAUAAUGGCUCUUUCUGUGGUGGCAAAGAAUUAAUAAAUUGAGGAAUGGCUUUAAUGUAAUCCAUCCUUUGUUCAGUAGCCAAAUUGAUAUUUCUAAAAGAUAACUCUGACCAACAGUUUUUCAAUGGCUUUCUCUUGAUAAAAUACCAAAUUCUCAGCCUAGCAUUUAAAGGCCCUCAGCAACUAGUUUCCCUUGACUUUUCUUAUGCUUUCAUAUUUAGCCCCUUCACCCAUUUUCCAUUCUAGUCAGUUAGUCUUCUAGCUGCUCUGGAUACAUGUGAUGUUUCUUCUUCUUUCUCAGAACCUCAUUUUGCUACUCAUUCCUCCUUUUACUCCAUUUUCUCUUUCAUCUUAAAAUCAAUACUGUGGCAGAAGAGCCGUAGGGGCUGGGCAAUGGAGGGACCUUCCAGUAGACUCAAAGCUCACUACAGGCUGGAACUUUUUGGUUUUGGUGCUAGGGCCUAGCAGAGUGCCAUAUUGAUGUCUUUGUACUUCAUGAAUGUUUGUUCUGUUGAAUUGAUUUGAACCCUGGGGCAGAUGCCCUUUGGGCAGAUGGAGGUGUAGACGUAGAGCUCACACGAGAGGGCAGAAUUACAGCUAACAGUCACUUCAAGAGACACUUAUUAAGUGCUUGCUUUGUGUGAGGACCUGAGGUUGUCAGGUGAGAAAAGCAGAGGCCCAAGGACUGAUCUUGUGGAAGUGCUCCAUUUAGAAGCUCAGGAGCUGUCUUAGAAGUGAUAGAAGAACGGUUGUGUAAGGAGUAUGGGGUGUUUCCCAAUCUGUGUGGUUAGAAGGAAUGGAUUCUUGAGAGAUGAAGACCCUGAGAACUUCCCGUUUCUGGGUUGGAGGGAAAGGGAAAACGAUCGUUGUUCUUAAUGCUGCUUGAACCGUGACUUACAGAAGAGUUAUGUUUAAAUAUCUUGCAUAGAGAAUGCUCCCCUUUCUCCAAAGGCCCCUUGUGGGAGCUGAAAGAUUGCUUUCUUUUUCUGAUCCUCUUUCCUCUCCUUUUAUUCACUUCUCCAACCUUUGCUGACUUUGGCCUCCCCAGUUCACAGUGACUUCCCUUCUCUCUCUAGGUAAUGGUCCAUGUUGUCUCCCCAGAUAGAAGGAAAGCUCUCUGAGGGCAGGGACUGUUUCAUUGUCUUAGUACACUCACCACCUAGCACAGAGUCCUUAGCUCUGUGGAGCCUGAAGAGCCUGAGUCUCUUCAGUCUGUACCUGCCCAAACUACAUUGAGUGCCGGCUAAACGGAUGACAAUCAGCUAUUCAGGUUUGUUUCAGUUGAUCCAGGGCCUCGUUAGCAGUGAAACAACAGAGGACAGGCAGAGAAAAGAUCUCACUUUUACAUGUACUAGGAUAAAGUUUGAUGCCAGAAGCAACCACGCAAGCCUGCUGAUUAAAUGGAGAAUUUUGGCUUUGGGGGCAUUUUUUCUUUCUGCUGCAGUCUCCUUUCCUUCCCUCCACAGCCUCCUGCUAGGACUACUUUAUCUUGAAAAUUUUGGGGUUUCUAUGGAAUAGAGAGUGCUGGGGAUGGUUGCUAUCCUCAGAGCCUCUCGCCCGCGUAUUCUGAUGUUGAACAAUGUGACCAUCAAAUGGAAAAACCUAACAGCAGAAACUUGCUGCCUUCUCCAUCAAGUAACUGGGAAAUGAGUUCUAUCUGUCUGCUCCUGUGAAGUUGGCAUUUCCUUCUCCAAGGUGCAUAUUUAGUUAUGUUGACAUAUUUGGAGGAGAAGGGUAUACGCAUUUAUUUAGCUCCUGUUCUGUACCAGGCACUAAACUCCGGGAGGUUGAUGCUAUUCUGUUGUGAUGCCCAUUUUACAGAGGAAGGAGAUGAAGGGACUUGCCCAGAAUCACACAGCUAGCAAUAGUUUGAGGCCGGGUUUGAAUUCAUGUCUUUGUGAGGCCAGGUCCAGAAAUCUGGCCUGGGGCAACACCUAGUAGAUCUGAGUUCACACCUUCUUUAUCAUCUGUCUUGGCUUCUUGAUUCUGCCAGUCAGUGGUAGUUUUCCAAGAUUCAGGUACAGGUGAGUUGCUGAACUGCAUCAGUAGUGGUUGUUUUCUUUCCUAGGAAUUCCUAACUCACUCUAGACUGUCCUUGACCCUUCUUGUCCUCUAGCCAAUGACAAAGGGCCCCAAGUGCCCCUAAACCAUCUGAGCAGAUUCCACCUAUGGUGCAGGUGUUUUCUUUCCAUGCUGUUUUACUUUUUGUCAUGAACAGACAGGAUUUAAUGUGUUCCUUUUAGACCUAACUAUCAUUAAUCCAUUCUGUUGACCUUGUUUAGAAGAAAAUUUAGGGUCGUCAUGUGGGAAACAAUUUGGAGUUGGAGUCUCAAGACUUAGGGUCAAAUUGUGACUUUUUGAGGAAGUCACUUAAUUUCUUUUCACUUGCUUUUUCAUUUCUAAAAUAUCUGUGAUAGUAGCCUGUCUGUAUGCUUCACAAGGCUCUUCUCAAGAUCACUGGAGAAUAUGGGAGUGCACAGGGUAAGGUGGGUGGCUCACAGGUGGCAGAGCUGGAGGGGAGCGGAGCAAGCAGGCCACUCCCCUCCUCCUCCUCUCUAUACUCAUUCCUCACUUCCCCCGCCCCUCUGCCUCAGCAGCCCAAUGGGAUCGCUUCCUCUCUCCCCUGUAUGGGAUAGGGGUGGGGCCACGACAUGGGGUCUCUGGGAGGGGCAAGGCCUGGCACUCUGUCUCUAAAAGGUUCGUCAUCACUGCUCUAGUUAAUCUGAAGGUAAGAGUGCAUUGAUAAACAGUACCAGUUUUUUAGUAAGUCAGGAUGCAGUGGCAGCAUCAGAGGAGAGAAGGACACAUAUACAAGGGAUGCUGCUAAUAUAGAAAUGGCUGGACUUGAGAACUGAUCAGAAAUGCUCUCCAGAGAAGUUAGGAAGAGGAAAGGGUUUGGAGGAAAAGAUAAUGAAUUCAAUUUUGGACAAGCUGAGUUUAAAAUGUCCUGUGAGACAUCUAGUUGAGAUGUGAGACGGAAGCAGAGAAGUUUGGCCUGCCUGAAUAAGUAGAUCUGAGAAUAACCAGCAUAAAGAUGAUCAUUGAAUCCAUAGAGGCUGAUGAGAUCACCUGACAUUUUACCAUUUAGGUUCUCUUCCUGCCUUCCUUGCCCCCUAAGGGACUCGUGAUAAAAAAUUCUAUCCACAGCAUUGCUGAAGAGCCCCUUCUUUCCUUGUAUCUUAAGUUAAAGCUUGAUUUCUGUUGCUGUAUACACUGUUCUCCUGGUUCUGCUCACUCCGCUUUGCCUCCGUUCAUACACUCUUUCCAGGCUUUUCUGAACUCCUCUCAUUCAGCACACCCCCAGUCGGUGGGCACAAUGUGGGUGAAGAUCCAGCAAAGGGAAAUCGGGAGGAGAGAGCCUAGAGAGAGGAGAAGGUGAUCAACAGUGUUGGAAGAGAGACUGAGAAAAAGCCAUUCAGCUCGAUGGCUGAGACUUCCCGGAUAAAUCUGGCGGAGUGCUGGCUUGUAAGCUAGGCGGCAGAGAGCCCAUUGCUCUGGGAAGGGCAGCAGAGAUCGAGGGGCACGCCCAGCCACUAGAGGGUGACGUAGCAGGGGUCUUGAGGCUAGGGAAGCGGGGGGUCAGUAGUCAAUCGGCAGGGAGAUUGCGAAUCCGUGAGAAUAGGGAUGGUAGAAGAAGCAAGAGAGACACAUGCA